AUGGAUUACACACUUGAGCCCAAUUUGACAACAGUAACUGACUUCUACUAUCCCGACAUCUACUCGAGCCCCUGCGAUGGGGAGGGGAGAGACAGCAAGCUGCUUCUCGCCAUCUUCUACUGCAUUCUGUUUGUAUUUGGUCUUCUGGGGAACAGCCUGGUCAUCCUAGUCCUUGUCGCCUGCAAGAAACUGAGGAGCGUCACGGAUGUAUACCUCCUGAACCUGGCCCUGUCUGACCUGCUGUUUGUCUUCUCCUUCCCCUUUCAGACCCACUAUCAGCUGGACCAGUGGGUAUUUGGGACCAUAAUGUGCAAGGUGGUCUCUGGCUUUUACUACAUCAGCUUCUUCAGCAGCAUGUUCUUUAUAACCCUCAUGAGUAUGGACAGGUACCUGGCAGUUGUCCAUGCCGUAUAUGCCUUGAAGGUGAGGACUAUCAGCAUGGGCACAGCCCUGAGUCUGGUGGUGUGGCUGACUGCCCUCGUGGCCACCAGCCCGUUACUAGUAUUUUACCAAGUGGCCUCCGAAAAUGGCAUCCUACAGUGUUACUCGUAUUACAAUCAGCAGACGCUGAAGUGGAAGAUCUUCAUCCACUUUGAGGUGAAUAUCUUAGGCCUGCUGAUCCCCUUCAGCAUCCUGAUGUUCUGCUACAUCCGCAUCCUGCACCAGCUGAGGAGCUGCCAGAACCACAACAAGACCAAGGCCAUCAAGCUCGUGCUCAUCGUGGUGGUCGCCUCCCUACUCUUCUGGGUCCCUUUCAACACGGUCCUCUUCCUCACUUCCCUGCACGACAUGCGCAUCUUGGAUGGAUGUGUCAUGAGCCAGCAGCUGACCUACGCCACGCAUGUCACAGAAACCAUUUCCUUCACCCACUGCUGCGUGAACCCUAUUAUCUAUGCGUUCAUGGGUGAGAAGUUCAAGAAACACCUAUCAGAACUAUUUCGGAAGAGUUGCAGCCACAUCUUUGUCUACAUCGGGAGGCAGGUCUCCAGGGAGGCCUUGGAAAAAUCAUCCUCGAAUCAUCACUCCACUCGCUCCUCCACCAUAGACUACAUUCUGUGA